AUGCUGCACGCUGUUAUGCUAGGUAGCGGUCCAGGACGGGGGAGACGCGAGUGGUAUCCAGGAUUUUAUCUUCAACGUCGUCGUAUCGGCUGCAGGAUGAAUCGCGGCGAGCAGGAGACGCUCUUCCGGCAGAGUCGGCAGAUCACGCGGAUUGUACCCCCCCGCGAGGACCUCGUUUUGAGCGUUCUUAAGUCGCCGAUCAACCAGCAGCAACAGCAACAGCAGCAACAGCAGCAACAGCAGCAACAACGACAGCACUUUCGGCAUCCGUAUCAGUCGCAAAGCCAGAGUUAUUUUAACUGCCAAAGUCAUCCAAAUAAUAAGAAGUGCAAUUCAGGUGACGCGUACAACAACGAGAGUCUUCCACGAAGCAAGGACCAAUGCUCUAGGCACGCGGAAAAGCGGUGCAGCGCCACGGCCGCCUACGCUGCCCUUCAAGGCAGCGAGGACGAGCUCGUGGCCGAGCAGGGCCUCGAGACGGAGGACACCGCGUUGAAGACGCCCGGCAGUGAGACCGAAGACACCGAGGACAACGGGGCGAAUGCGGAGGACGCGCCGUCGUCGCCGACGCGCCGCUUCACCUUUCUACGUCGCUUCCGUUCGCCACGCUUCGGCGAGGCACACCACAAGCGGGUGCCGACGCCCAUGAAGCGGAAGUACCGGCGUAAAAAGAGCAAGGAGGACAUCAUCGAGAAUGACGUGGUCGGCGGUACUGAGGAGGAACCGCCGAGUCCCAAUCAGACCGGCAUGCCCGAUCCAUACUAUCCGAUCUACCUUCCGAUCGAUCAGGCCUUCAAGGCCAAGUACGUGUUCCAUCAUAAGAGGGGAAAGACCUUCCAGGAGCGGCUCUAUGUGUUUCUCGAGCAUCCCGGCGGCUGGCUGUGCUUCAUCUACCAUUUCACUGUGUUCAUGGUGGUAUUGGUGUGCCUCAUAUUUAGCGUUUUGUCAACGAUAGAUCAAUACAGUAAUUUCGCAAAUGAAACUCUGUUUUGGAUGGAAAUAUGUCUCGUGGUAUUCUUCGGGGUGGAGUACAUGGUUCGAUUAUGGAGCGCGGGCUGCAGAUCAAAGUACAUGGGCUGCUGCGGACGGCUGCGAUUCAUACGGAAACCGAUUUGUAUCAUAGAUUUAAUCGUUGUGGUAGCGUCCAUGGUAGUUUUGUCGGUGGGAAGCAACGGUCAAGUGUUUGCUACUUCUGCUAUCAGGGGUAUUCGAUUUUUGCAAAUUCUUCGAAUGCUUCAUGUCGACCGUCAGGGUGGCACGUGGCGACUCUUGGGCUCCGUGGUUUUCAUACAUCGUCAGGAGCUUAUCACAACGCUGUACAUUGGAUUCCUAGGCCUCAUUUUCAGCAGCUACUUCGUGUACCUUGCCGAGAAAGAUGCAGUCGGACCCGAUGGCAAAACAGACUUCUCCAGUUACGCUGAUGCGCUGUGGUGGGGAGUGAUCACAGUCACGACAAUAGGUUAUGGUGACACGGUCCCGCAAACGUGGAUGGGAAAAAUUGUGGCCUCAUGUUUUAGCGUGUUUGCCAUAUCCUUCUUCGCACUUCCAGCUGGUAUCCUAGGUUCCGGCUUCGCAUUGAAGGUACAGCAGAAGCAACGGCAGAAGCAUUUCAAUCGACAAAUACCGGCUGCCGCGAUGUUAAUACAAUGCCUGUGGAGGUGUUACGCCGCCGACAAGGCCAUCAACAGCGUCGCCACGUGGAACAUCUACAUCAAGGACCCGGCGCCGGCCGGUCAGCCUUCGACGCCCCUCGGCAAGUUGAUUUGUGUAAAGAAGAUGUCUCUGAUGAUCCAGGUGGCAAAGAAGGCGAGCGUGCUGAAGAGGCGGAAGUCGAGGAAUCGGAUGGAUGGCCAGCAACAGCAGCAGCAGCAGCAACAACAACAGUCGGCUCUACCGCCCGUCACGAUAUCCGGCGGCAUAUCAGCCGGCGCCGGUACCGGCCAGAACGACAACCAACGCCUGGAGAACGAGGGGGACGUGGUGUUUUACAUGGAGGAACCUAAAGCGGGCACGCCGAAUCGCACCAGACGCGAUAAUCGCGUGUUUCCGAUUGGCAGGGGAAGCCUCUUCACUUCGCAGACGAGCUCGGUGACGGAGGCAACGAGCGAUGAAAUUGACAUCGACAUCGAGGAACCGCAAAGAGUCACCACAUUGACAGAAACACACCGGAAUGCUAUCCGGGCAAUCAGGAAAAUCAAAUACUUUGUGGCUCGCAGAAAGUUUCAACAGGCUCGGAAACCAUACGAUGUGCGUGACGUCAUUGAACAAUACAGCCAAGGUCACUUGAACAUGAUGGUGCGGAUUAAGGAGUUGCAGAGGAGAUUGGAUCAGACCCUGGGUAAACCGGGGAGUUACCUGGCGGGAAUCGACCGGGCAGGCAAUGUGAAACCCAUGACGAUUGGUGCGCGUUUAUAUCGAGUGGAACAGCAGUUGUCGGUGAUGGACAAGAAGCUGGACCAGUUGAUGUAUGUGCUAAACGCUGUAGCGCAGAAACAACAAAUACCUCUGCGUAGUAUAGAGGACGAUGUGUAACAGAGAGCCCCCGGCGAACUCGUGCAAUUCGUUUUGCCAUCAAGCACGUUUCCACGAACCCUGCCGCGCGUUACCAUAACUACAGUGACGCGGAACAUGCUCAGCGAGAGCUUUUAACGUGAGAGAUACAUAUGUAUGUACCAUACAUCACGUGUCCGAUAGUAUCGCGAAAGUACAAACCUGUGCAUAUACGAUUCUUU